GCCCCCGAGGAGGCGGAGCAAAGCUUCCGUGCGCAGCCUCAGGAGCGCCGUUGUCACUUCCUGCUCCCGCCUCUACGCGCCAGGGCGCCGCGCUCGCAGGCGUCUUCUUCCCCGCCUCCUCUGUUUCCUUGCCGGCGUUGCUGGUGCUGCGGCGGCGGCCGCCUCAGCUUCUGACACCCCCAACCUCAGCCUCGAAGCGUCGUAUUCCGUUGCCGCCCUCCCCGCCCGACUCACACGUUUCCUCACACCUCCCUCGGGCGAGGGACGGAGGCAAGAGGAGAGGGUGGGAGCCACGGCGGCGGCGGCCCCGGCCCCUCUCGCAGCUUCGCCACUGUUGCUGCCAAAGAAGGAAGAGGCGGAGGAGGUGGCGGCCCUAGUGGCGGCUUCUGAGGAGGAGGCGGCGAAGAAGGCGGGCGUUCUCGCCACCCGUGCGUGGGGGGGCCCCGCAGGCAGGCCGGGGGCUCCGGCUCCCCUUCCCAGCCCCUCCCGGCGGUGACUCGAGGAGAUGCCCGUGAAAAAGAAGCGCAAAUCCUCGGGCCAGGCGGGCGACGAGUCGGGCCUCAAGAAAUGUAAAAUCAGCAGCUAUUGCAGAUCACAAGCUUCUAGUAAAGUGAUAAGUGGCGAAGAGCAUUUUUCAAGUAAGAAGUGCCUGGCUUGGUUUUAUGAAUAUGCAGGUGAUGAUGAAGUGGUCGGGCCUGAAGGAAUGGAAAAAUUUUGUGAGGACAUUGGUGUUGAACCUGAAAAUAUUAUUAUGCUAGUUUUAGCCUGGAAACUGGAGGCUGAAAGCAUGGGAUUUUUUACAAAGGAAGAAUGGUUAAAAGGGAUGACAUCAUUACAAUGUGACUGCACAGAAAAGCUGCAGAGUAAAUUUGAUUUUUUGCGUUCGCAACUGAAUGACAUUUCAACAUUUAAGAAUAUCUACAGAUAUGCAUUUGAUUUCGCAAGGGACAAAGACCAGAGAAGUCUUGAUAUUGACACUGCAAAAUCCAUGUUAGCUCUUCUGCUUGGAAGAACGUGGCCACUGUUUUCAGUUUUUUAUCAAUACUUGGAGCAGUCAAAAUACAGAGUAAUUAACAAAGAUCAGUGGUACAAUGUGUUAGAAUUCAGCAGAACUGUCCAUGCGGAUCUUAGCAACUAUGAUGAAGAUGGGGCAUGGCCUGUUCUUCUUGAUGAAUUUGUGGAGUGGCAAAAGGUGCGUCAAGCCUCAUAGCAAGAGCAGCCCGGAAGAAACGUUACAUCUUGUGAUACCUCCACCUUGAAAAACUGAGUCAAACCCAAGGAUUGGAUUCACAUCCUUACAAACUUUAAUCUUUUUUUUUCCUUUUUUUUUUAAAGGAAGCCUUUGUUGCUUGUGAAAUGGGCAUUGAACCACAUCUCUUCUAAGACUGAAAAUUGGAAGGUUUUGUCUUAAGUUUCUAUCAUUUCAGAACAAUAAAGAUUCAGAUUUGUAACAGUCUUAAAAGUGAAGAAUAUCCCUUGAAUAUGACUGGGAUUUCUAUAUUCAGAGCCAAAACAUUAUAGAGUGCAUCAGAAGUACCCCAUAUGAAUGUUUCAAUUCUGAAGAUGUAUUAAAAUUGUGGUAGUAUACAAAUCUGAUAUGAUAGUUCUAAUGGAAUGAUUGUCUAUAGGAAGAAUGAUAAACAUUAAGCCUUGGCUGGUGGUUUACUUGCCAUUUUUUGUGCCAUAGUUUACAGAUUCACUUGGAGACAUGGCCUUAAAUUUUUUUUAACAAUUCCUAAUUACCAUUUUGUUGUCUUCUAAUAGGACAUAAAAACUUGUCUGCUUUUGAACACAUUAAAAGUACAAAAAGGAUCCCUGUAAGGAAGCUACUUAUAUGGAGUCUUGGAACAGUCAUUAAAAUGUUUUUAUUAUAAACUGGCAUAAAUAUUAAAUGGAGAAGCCUAGGAAGACAAAACUACGUCUUCUGGUGUACACUUUACUGAGAACACUGAAUUGAUCUUCCUCUUCAUCUCAAAGUUUGGAGAGCUGUGCUUUACUUCCUGAUGACAGUUUUCUGUAUGUCACCCUGGAACUAAGAAGAGUUGCACUAGGUAUGUUGCCAUCCAGCAAGAACAUCAGAAAGAAUAGUUUCCUGUGGUAGCUAAUACUGAAAAUCAUAGCAAGUGCGGGAAUCUGAAGUGUUCACCAGUUCCUUGUUUUAUUACUUUAGUACCAUCGAUUAAUUGCCCAAAUACUAUUGUGCAGUUAUAUGAAAAGCAUAAAUUUUGGAAUUCCUUAAGAAAUCUCUGUAGUUAUCUGGUUCACAUCAGGUCACGUGACUUGGAAUGCAACAGAUAAUGCUUACAGAAAUGUCUUAACUGGCAGUUUACUUCCAGAUGUUACAGCUUUUGUGUAAUUGUGCAACAGGAUUUCAGCCAAUAAGUGCUAUGCAUGCAAAUGUUACUUAUGUUAAUUCUAACAUACAUGACCACACACAUCAUCGUACAUAGGAAUUUCCAAAACCUGCUCUGACAUAUAAAGAAAUAGCAAUGAGUUGAUAGCUGACUGAACAUUCAGGAAAUAAUAUAUCAUCCCAGUUUCCAGUUGCUGUUUCUUUUACACCAUCCUUUAGCAAAUUGGGUCAACAAUGUGAUGUAAUCAUCCUUGUUAAUAUACGAAGCUAUGUUGUGGGGGUAACAUUUGCCUCAGGAUAACAAGAAAUGUGUUGUGCACACUAUAACUGACUUCAGGUAGGAUGAGAAUAACCUCUUGUCUAGAAAAAACAUUUUGUAUAUUUGGCAGGGGGAGUUUUCAAUAAUUGAAUCUUUGUUCAGUAAGGGCUAUUUCGUUUUCAGUUCUACAAAGCUGUUCAAAUGUUUGUUCAAGCUAGUCUUUGAAUUCAGUUUCAGUCAUCUUGUAGGUAUGACAUUACAGUGGAUUUUUUUUUCUGCAGCUCUUCAGAAAAACCUGCAAAAGGCAGGUUUGGUUAGGCAACAUCUCUAACUCUUUGGAGACGCUACACUUGUGUUAAUAGGUGUUCCAUUUCAUUUUAGGAAGCUUGAAGUGACCUCUUCCUUAGUCUGAAAUAUACUUAGUCCGCCAGUCCUUGACUGGACAGAAAGCCAUUAAUGUUUGAUGCCAUACCACUUUUUUGGAAUACGCCCUAAAACUGUAGUGCUCAUUUAUAUUAACUUGGGAGUAGGUUCUUCUUUACUGCUUUGGUACUGUUUCCAACAUGUAGGGAGUUAAAAGAUUGCAUGUUUGCUAAUCAGACUGUUGAAUACAGUACAAGGUGACUUCCCGAAAUCAGAGGCUUGUCGCAGAAAAGGCUCUCUAAAUGAGCAGAAGAAAAUCCAUAUCCAAACAAUUGUUAUGGAUGUGAAGUGCGAUUUAUUCUGCCUGAAUGGAGUAUGAAAUGAUUGCACAAAUGAUUUCAUAAUAACUGUCAAUAUUGAAAAGCCUAGUAACUUGUAAUGAGCCUUGUUGGUGUAUCCCAGGAGAGGAGAUGAUUAGACUGGCAUUCUUCCCAGAAAGGGACAAUGCUGUUCUUUAAAGCCACAAGGCCAUGUUGAGCCUGUUGCAACAUGCACUAUAUUGGCCUCCAGUAUUACAGUUUUCCAACCUGUCCAGCUCUGGUUUACAUGGGAGCAAACAGUUUCAAGCCAUAGCUAAUGACAAACCUUGUAAGUGUAGCAUGCAUUGUCUUUCCCACCUCCAUUUUUGCCACAGUAGCAUCCUAAUCGAGGUCCCAGUGAUAUGCACAACCCCUUGGGGACGUGCCCCAAAAAAAAUGACACUAAUUUCUGAGUGUGCUUGCUUAAUAAUUUAAUAAAAUAAAAUAAAUUAAUUAAUAUUGAACAGCAAAGUUAUCAUGAAGUAUUUCCCAAAUCCUUGUACUUUAAAAAAAAACCUUUUCAAGUUUUCAAUGUCUUGAUUUGCAAAUCAGGAAAAACUCCAUUGUGUCUAUCAUUUAAACAAGCAGACAUCAUUUAAUUCAAGUUGUGAGAUCUGUUUUAUAAGCAACUUUAUCCUGAAGUAGCUGGUGUUAACCUGGCAAUCAGUGAAGUGUGUCCACCAAUGCCAGCAUCUUAAUGUGAAGGUAUCAGACUGCUGUGUAUGACUUGUAUCUCUGAGGUUUUAUCACUAUUCUUAUAAUAAAACCGUAUUUCAGGGAU